AUGGAAGACGACGAUCCGAUCCACGGAGGGUCCGCCAUAGACCAGGCAUUGCAGAAGAAGCACCAUGACAUGCUCGAACGCUUAUCUGCUCGCCACCAAACUAGAAAAUCCGAUUCACCUGACUCUUCUUCUUCGUCUUCCUCCUUCGAAUCGACCUCCUCGUUCCUCGCCCGUUUCGCCGAUUCCAAGCGAUUCAUCGAGUCUCGAAUCGGCGAGUUACGACUCGGCUCCUCCUCCGAGGAUCCUUCCAAUAUAAAAUCAGGUCUCGCCGAGAUCUCAUCUGCGAUUGAAAAUCUCGAGAAGCUUGUCGCUGCGAACUCCUAUUUCCUUCCUUCCUACGAGGUUCGAUCCUCUCUCAAAGCUGUAUCAGAUCUCAAACAGAGCCUCGAUAUCCUCUCCGGCGAGUUAGUCCCGAAGAAGAAAUUCUCGUUCAAGAGCAAAUCGUCUUCCACAAAGCCGGAAUCCAAACUCCCCGAGAUCCAUAAACCCGAUUUCGUUUCACCUCUAAAAGUCCCUGUUCGCGAUUCUCCGGGAUUCAGGAACAAGCACGGUGAGACUCUGGUGAAAAGCUUCAGAGGCUCCUCGAUCGGAGAGUUCACAUUGUCCGAUCUUGAUUCCUGUGAAGUAAAAUUGACCGGAACUGUCAACGCUCUCUUCCUUCACCGACUGAAGAACUGCAAAGUCUACACAGGUCCAGUGAUUGGCUCAGUUCUGAUCGACGACGUGGAGGACUGUGUUCUUGUGCUGGCUUCCCAUCAGAUCAGAAUCCAUUGCGCCAGGAAGAGUGAUUUCUACUUGAGAGUGAGGAGCCGUCCCAUAAUCGAAGACAGCAAUGGAGUCAGGUUCGCGCCUUACUGUUUGGAUUACGAAGGGAUCGAGCAAGACUUGAAGACGGCGGGUUUGGAGGAGGAGACGAAGAGCUGGGCCAAUGUGGAUGACUUCUUGUGGCUGAGAGCCGUACAGUCGCCGAACUGGUCCGUUUUGCCGGAAGAAGAAAGGCUUUCUCCGGUUUCCCUUUCCGGUGAUUCUUGA